AUGUCCAUUCUAGACUUGCUUUCUACUAAAUCCAUACAAGUGCACAUUAUGUCCUUGCCUAUACAUUGUGCAGCAUUAGUCAACAAAGAUGCUUCUCACAUGUGUCCUGCUGAAUGUGGAAAGUCAUUCGCAACAGCUCAUGCUGUUAAUGCCCAUCUUGGCUCUGCAAACAAAUGUCUAUGGUACCGCAAAGGAAAGCUACAAGCACUCACUAUCCCACAGUCAGAAGAAGAUCUUGAAAAAGCCAGUGGAUUAGACAUGUUGAUAGAUGAUGAUGGGGAGGAGGAGACAACUGGAGACGUACUACAGGAGCUGCAAAAAGACCUAUUUUCCUUUGUUCCCAUCCAGCCUCCUAAUAUUAUAGAAGAUGAGUAG